AUAUUAUAAAAUGUAUAUUAUGUAGUUCAUAAAUGGAUACGUGUCGUUUGAUAAGAAUUUAAGAAAUGCUUAUGCGGUAAGCUGUAUAGGUGCAUUUUUUCACCUCAUUUUUAUCGUGUUAAGAUUCUAUAGAUAUUCAUUUUAAGAAGAUUCUUAUGAAUUGCACUCGGACUCAUACGUCCAUCUAAACCUUUGAAGUAAGUUUUGUUACAUUUUACAAAAUUUUAAAUGGCUGACGUUGAAGCGUCAAAGUUUCCAGACACUGUAGCCAUUCUUAAAGCAUCCAAUGGUUCAACAGUUUACCUAGUCGGUACUGCCCAUUUUAGCAAAGAAAGUCAAGAAGAUGUAGCUCAAGUGAUCAAUGUUGUAAAACCAGAUGUUGUUGUGAUAGAACUGUGCCCUAGUAGAAAUAGCAUUUUAGAAAUUGAUGAAUCACUUAUAGCUAAUGUUACAGGGAUUACGUUGGAAGGUCUUCGUAGUUCUAUAAAUAAAUUAGGUGUUACUCAAGGGAUAUUUUAUCAACUUAUGAUCAAUAUAUCAGCAAGUAUAUCUCGUGAUCUUGGUAUGGUACCUGGCGGAGAGUUUCGAAGAGCUGUAGAAGAAUCAAAGAAAUACAACAGUUAUAUUUACCUUGGAGACAGACCUGUUGAUAUAACUAUAAAACGAAUAAUAUCUAUGCUGAGCUGGCCGAAAAGCAUCAGACUUUUGUCACAUUUGCUAUUCACAUCAGAUUUUAAAAUAACUAAAGAAGAUGUAGAGAAGUUUAAAAAUAAAGACUUGAUGGAAGCAUUAAUGCUGCAAAUGGCUGCUGAUUAUCCUGAAUUAGAAAAAGUAAUAGUUGAUGAACGAGACAAAUUUUUGACUUACAGUUUACAAAGUUGUGCUGGCAUUAUAAUUGAUAAAACUGGCCUAAAGCCAAAUUUUAUCGUUUCGAGGCCUCAGAUAGUUGUCGGUGUAGUCGGUCUAGGUCACGUCGCUGGAAUUAAAAACUAUUGGGAAACUAUAACUAAAGAGGAAGUAACAGAAUUAACUGUAAUUCCACCUCAAUCGAGAAGCAGUAAAAUUAUUAAAAUUGUGAUCAAAGUCAGUGCUUAUGGAGUACUUAUAUGGGGAAUUUCCAAAAUUCCAGGAGUAAGAACUGCAUCGAAAAUGGCAUACUCUGCAAUCACUUCGUCUUUUAACACGGGACGUUUCAUAAAAAUUAAAUAA